AUGCCGUCACUCUACUUCAUUGUGCGCUUCGAGGCAGCCAAUGAGAGCAAAUCAUCCUGCCGAACCAGGGAUAUCACGAUAACCGGGCUGCCAGCAGCUCUGGAAGCUGACACGACGCGCACUGUCAAGACGUACACUGUUAUAGAUGAGGAAGUCGCCGGUGGCCCUUGGACAUACCGCGUCGCUUUCGAUAUCAUCAACAUGAACGGCAAAGACGUGCACGUUUCCUACGGCAGCGUCUCUCGAGACGAUGCACUUCAUCACCUCAAAGAAAUCACCGACUCCGUCAAAGAACAUGACGCAGAAAGGGUCAAAAACGACAAUAUGCGCAACAAAGACCCCGAAGACGACAUUUACGAUGCGCCCGAUAGUAACGACAAAGCUGAAAUACAGUGGGAGGACGACACUUGCAUCAAGAUCAGGCUGCGAAGAGACAGCUUUCUCUGGUACAAGCUGUACAUCGUGGAUGUAGAGGACCGAGCGAACUGGAGAGCCAAGGAGCCUGACGUGCAGGAAGGCGGAGAUAAGAAGAGAAGGAAGAUGGAUAUUGAGGUGGCUGUAGGCGAAGACAUGCAUUUUUUUGACGAUGUCGAGGGCAAGGGCGUGUAG